GGCGACGCGUGCACAUUAGCAAGGUUCAACAGUCCGCAGUCGAAGCAGCCACAUCCAAUUGAAUCCACACCCAGGCAGCCACCACAUGAAGUGCUUUAUCGUAUUUGUUGCAGCGAUGCUGCUGGUGAGCGAGACGCUGGCACAGGAUCAGGAGCAGCAGCAGCAGCAGCAGGAGCAGGUGGCAGCAUCGCCAGCGGCUGAUCAGUUGAGCGCCGCCAGCAGCUAUGCACCGCUGCAGGAGAAGAAGCAGGAGAAGCGCUAUGUUGGUGGAUACGGUGGUUAUGGUGGUUAUGCUGGCUAUGGCACCAAUGCCGGCUAUGCUGGUUACGGCAACUAUGGAGCAUAUGGCUCCACGCUGGGCGCCGGCUACGGCAGCGGCGUGGAUAGCUACUACAAUCCAUAUGGCGCACGCGGUUUCGGAGGCUUAGAUGGUGCUGCCGGCUAUGGUGGCUAUGGCUCCACACUGGGCGGCUAUGGCUCCACACUGGGCGGCUAUGGUUCCACACUGGGCGGCUAUGGCUCCACACUGGGCAACUAUGGUUCCACGCUGGGCGGCUACGGCUCAUCAUUGGGCAGCGCUGGCUACUAUGGCGCCGGUUACAAUUCGAAUCCUUAUGCGCUGUCCUAUUACAAUUCACGCCUGGGCGCCGGCGCCGGCGUAGGCGUCGGCACUGGCUACCCGUAUUACAAUACACGCUUCGGCGCCGGAGGCUAUCCCUCCAGCUAUUACAGCAGCAACUAUGGCAACAGCGUGGUGGGCGGCGGUUUGGGGGCGUUGGGCGGUGUGCCGCCCAUUGGCGCCGGCGCCGCUGGCUACAAUUAUGGUGCCGGCAUCUCGGGCACGGUCUACUAGGAUGCGGCGCAUAGCAUGGAACACAUUUAAGUUUAGUGCAAUUUAUUAUUUUUUUUUUUUUUUUGUCUCCCAUUCUAUCAUAAACAUAAAUAUAUUUUUUUCUAACUUAAUAUUUGAAAUAUGUUAAACAAAAUAAGCGAAGCAGAAAAUUGUA